CACUAGUGAAAAGUGACCAACAGGAAAAAAAAUGGCGACCACUAAGCAAAACAUCGGAUUGUCAGCUCCAAGUUUUUCGCAUAAACAAAAUGGAGCUGGUGGUAUUAUUGAUGAUUUCAUGUACGGAUCGAAUGUGGCAUCAGCCCACAUUUAUAUACGAAUGGGCUUUAUGCGAAAAGUUUAUGGAAUCCUGACUGCCCAGCUGAUUGUCACCACAUUGAUGUCUGGCAUCUUCAUGCUUAGUGACACGCUACAAGACUUUGUUCAAACCAACCACUGGAUGCUGACUAUCAGUAUUUUCGCUACUUUUGGAAUUUUACUUGCUCUGAUGUGGAAGAGGCAUGAAACACCAACAAAUUACAUCCUUCUUGGACUUUUUACAUUGAUGGAGUCCUAUGCCAUUGGUGUGGUAGUAACAUUCUACAAAGUGCCCUCAGUUAUUCAAGCUUUUCUUUUAACAAUUGGAUUAACUGUUGGUUUGACUAUCUACACAUUGCAGAGUAAAAAAGAUUUUACCUCUUGGCAUGCACCAGCUGUGAUGUGCCUUUAUGCAUUAGUCUUGGCUUCCCUUAUACAGGUGUUCUUUCCCAUUCCUGCCCUUCACUUUGGUAUCAGUCUGAUUGGGGCAGCAUUGUUCUGUGUCUUUAUUGUUGUGGACACCCACCUGCUGAUGGCCAAGUUGUCCCCAGAGGAAUAUAUAAUGGCAGCCAUUAACCUCUAUUUGGAUAUCCUAAAUUUGUUUCUUUACAUUUUGCGUCUCCUUGGAGAGCGUAAGUAAAGCUAAGGUUUGUGUUCCGUCUCCACUGGAUUGAAACACUUGUUAUUCAGACAAUACCCAACUGAUUUUGUUGCUAUGUAGCUCACUCAUGCUUUGUACUCCCAAGUAAUGUAAAUACUAUCUCAUUAAUAUAUCAAUAUAUUUCUACACAUAUUUUUUAUUUAUUUUUGGUUGAAAUAUAUUUGUGUAAUGAUAGAUUAGGGAACAUAAUAGAAGACAAAAAAACUUGAUUGAUUUAUUUUGUCAAGGCAAGGUCAAAGUACCUUGAAAUAGGUCAUCUUGUAUAUUUUUACAUUAAAUCUUUAUCUCCAUGAAAUUGAAACAUUGAAAUAUAUUUUAGAGAUUAACCAAUAAUGUUUUUAUGAAGAUUUUUAAUAGGAAAAACAAACACAUAUCUUAUUUUUUGUUGUAUUUUUUUUUAAAUGUUGACACAGUAUUUAAUUCAGAAUUGCAUAACUUAUUACUUUAUUGCUGGGCUUUGUUCUUCCAGUGAAACCUAACAUAAAAAUCUAUAAUUUAAAAAUAUUUUUAUGACUUAAAAAUUAUUCGCCUGGGUGAUUAUGACUUGUAUAAUUUUAAUAGUUUUCAGUUUGAAAAUGUGAUUACAGGUUUAUUGUGUUGCCUAUAGUGGUUGGGGUUCAGGAAUCAGAAAAUAUUUUUUUUUUACUUCCAUAGUUUGGUUGUUUGUUGAAGUCUUUCACACUUAAACUUGUAUACUUUAUUUUUUGAAUUGUGUAUCAUUUUUUCCAGUUCAAGUAAGAAACCAAGAGAAUGCUUUCAAGCUUAGAAUUUAUUUAUUUUUUUUAAAUUAUGUGCUGACUUUUUGAAUUAUUCUAAGUUUUUGUCAUUAAUAUUUUAAAUCAUCAGAAGACGAAGGAGGAUAAAUCUGUAUAAUAGUUCAUUCUAUUUCUGCUGUUGUUUUGUAAAUCAGACAUGGUACAGCAUUAACCAAUUCACCAGGGACUAUUUAACUCUACUGAGCAUAAUGUUUUCCAUGAGAAAAAAAGGUUUCUUACUUAAUGUUUUGUUUUGUCAAAUAUUUAUUCUUAACAUGUGAUGGGAUUGUGGCUUUUGCAGAAACAAUGCUGUAAAGAACCAACUAAAAUAAAAUUUGUUUGACUACA